AUAUACCCGGCUGCCAAGCCCAUACACGCAUUGCGUAUCGUAAAACGGAAUAUAAAGCACGCCCGGGACGGUUCUACUUCGAGCACAGGGACCAAUGGCAGCGCAGGAUCCAAUGAAGGCGUGGAUGGAAAUGGCACAGAUAAUACGAGUGUGAAUGAUCAGCUAUUGUUAACGGCACCGCCUUUGGCUGUCGCUUCACAGCCGCAAAAAGAAGUGCAGUUCCAACCGCAAGCACAAGUGCAGCCCACAAUCAGGAACAAACCAGUAUUAAAUGGAGUACAGAGACCACCACCUGGUGUGGCAAUGCCAAGUAAAUCUAUUCCAGCUGCCUAUCGGCUCGGGUUCAGUGCCGAGAGAAGCGGACUUCCUUUUUCUGGGAGUGAAGAAGCGAAGAUGAGCGUCAAGAGCAGACUCACGGGUCCUGCGCCGAUGGGCCUGAGGGAGAAGGAGGAUGGCAAAGGGAAGGAAAAGAGUGCUCCUGCGAUCCUCAGCAGCAUCAAAUCGAGGCUACAGAAACCCGCAUCUAGUCACAUCAAUAUUGGCUCUAACCCAAGUGCUGCUUCAGCCACGAGCUCAGAGAUAAGUAGGCCAGUCCAGAGCAGACUACCGAGCUCGAUUUCUAGCACAAGCACAUCCUCGGUAGCUAGUGGAAUACGCCCACCGUCUAAAUAUGCUUCGGGCACGGUUGGCAGUAAAUUUGGAUCAUCGCUUCCUCGUCCUGUGUCCGGAUCAAUGUCUAGGCUUCCUGCGCCUGCGCCUGGGGGCGUAAGGUCGAAGUUGACCAAGGCUGGUACGUUUGGAUUUGGAUCUGGGGCGAGUACUUUAGGAAGGGCAGCGGGGAGGAACGUGUAAGGGAAACUUUCCGAUGGUCGGAUUUGUGGAUGAGUCUCAUUAUAGACUUUCGAUGUGGAUAUUGGGUGGUGAACCUAUCACUAUGUCAUUGCAUUUGUCUUAUGCCCAUUUUCGCUGUUUUCUUUCUGUCCUGCGAAAUUUUUGAUCUACCCCGCUUUCCUAUGUAUCCUAUGCCUUCUCUAACUAUUUGUUUUGUCUUGUUUUAUCUCACCUUUCAUUAAUUAGGUUCUCAAGCACAUGGAAUAGGCAUUAUAGAUUUUGAUCCUUGUAGUAUUGAAGCAUUCGCAUUUUUAGCUGGAAUGUACAUAACAUGAACGAAAACACGCAUUACAUGCUGCUUAGGCGAUGAUCCGAGUCUCAUGGAGUGUGGUCAAUUCUUGUGAGAGGUGAGAGCCCUUCCAUUUGAUACCUAAAAUCUGUUUCGACAACGUCCUUACCGUGAAAUGCCCGUGCCUUGCGACCUGCUGAUAACUCCUGACCGAUUCCAUCAAAAUACGAAAGACCAUCUGUCUAUUACAAUGGAAGGUGAAAUGAUAUUUGGACAAGCGUGACUGAAUGUGGUUAUCUGAAAGGGCUGUUGCGUCCUCCAUCCUUCCCGCUUUGAGUUUCUUUUUUGGACACGAAGUUAUAUGGUAUGGGGCUUUCAACGUUUAACAGAGUCUUUUCAGCUAAGGGAUUGCUAAAAAUGUUCCUUCUACGAGUAUUGGGCCCUG